UCGAGUUUGAAACGCUGUGGAGAGAGGUGUACUCAAUUUCAAGCUCCUGUUUGUUUAUUUUUGAAGUUUUUUUGUAAAAUAAAGAACUGCCGGUCGAUACAAUAAACCCAUUGAAGAACAAAUCAAAUGCAUGACAAUGUAAACAGUUACGUGUGUGAUUAAAUGAAAGUGGGACAGUACCUCGUUCGCACAUUUUUACUGGUAGAAUUAAAGUUUUUGUCAGUCUUCUCAUUUUGUUUGCCCUCUGUUUACCAGACGUGUUUGUUUGUUGUUUAGAACAAAUAUAUUACAAUUAGAUGAGUGUAAAGUGUGCUAUGAAAAUGGGUGUAGGAUUGCCGCCAUUGGAAUUCACCGAGUGCAUCGGGGACAGUCCAACGUUUCGCGACAAUCUGCACAAGCACGAGAAGGAAUUGGAGUACACCAAUCAACAGAUCAAGAGGCUCAUCAAAGAGGUGAAAGAUCUAUUAACAGCGGCUAAACAUUUAGGCAACUGUCAGAGGGCCUUCGCGAAGGGCCUGCAGAGCUUCACGUUCGAAUGCAUAGGCGGAAAACAGACGGACGACGAGAUGGUGAUCUGCAAAUCUCUGCACGAGUUCGGCAACCUUAUCAAUUCCAUCGAAGACGAGCGCGAUAGGAUGCUGGAAAAUGCCUACAAUCAAGUCGUAAAUCCUUUGGAAAUGUUCAGGAAGCAUCAUAUCGGGGCUGUUAAAACCGGGAAAAAGCGGUUCGAUAAGCAGACCGCAAAAUUCUGCCAAGCUCAGGAGAAAUGUCUGAAUCUGUCGUCGAAAAAGCAAAACGAUAUUAAAGAGGUUGACGCUUACCUGGGGAUGGCGGAGCGUCACUUCUACAAUGCGAGCAUGGAUUAUGUGUACCUAAUCCAGGAAGUGCACGAAAGAAAGAAAUUCGAGUUCGUCGAAACUCUACUUGGUUUUAUGAUUGGCUGGUUAACGUUCUACCACCAAGGCUACGAGGUGGCCAAAGACUUUAAUCCCUUUAAGAAGGACCUGCAAUUGCGAAUACAAAAGACCAGAGACAAUUUUGAAGAUUACAGUUCCAAGCUAAGAAAACGCAUGGCGGAGAUUCAAAAGCAGCAAGACCCAGUUAGAAACACCAAAGGCCGAAAAGAAGGAUAUUUAUUUUUGUUAGAAAAAAAGACCUUUGGUCAUACGUCUUGGACUAAGCACUAUUGCACUUACGAUAAGGAUUCUAAAGAGUUCUCGAUGAUUCCUUACAAUCAACUCACCAAUAAAACGAUUCCUCAACCGGAAAUUAUGGUAUUAUCGUCAUGCACAAGGCGAAUGUCAGAUUCAAUAGAUAAGCGUUUCUGUUUCGAUUUGCAAGUCGAUUCUAAACCCGGAAAUCUGUAUACAUUCCAGGCUCUCAAUGAACUGGAUAGAAAAGCAUGGAUGGAUAUCAUGGACGGAAAAGAACCCACGUACACAACUCCGAACACAAAUGUCAACAAAUUGCAUAAUUCCGAGGAGCGUAUUCUCGACGAGCUCGGCAUAAAAUUCGUCAAUAAAUGCAUAGAAGUGUUAGAAAGUCGCGGUCUGGAAGAGCAAGGCAUUUACAGGGUCGUCGGCGUCACAUCUAAAGUGACGAAGUUGCUGAACAUGGGCUUGGAUCGCAGAAAAAGCGACAAGCUCACCCAACUCGACGAUCCCCAAGAAUGGGAAACGAAAACCAUAACGAGCGCCCUGAAAAACUACUUACGAAAUCUACCGGAACCAUUAAUGACACACAGAUAUCACAAUGGCUUUAUAGCAGCUGUCAAAAAUGACUCCAGACAAACUCGCAUAAAUGACGUCCACACAUUAAUAUACCGCAUACCAUCGAAUAAUUUUGAGGUCUUGAAAAUACUUAUGAAGCAUUUAGUCAAUGUUGCCGCGAAAAGUGAUAAAAACUUGAUGACUGUAAGUAAUUUGGGUGUAUGCUUUGGUCCUACACUGCUGCGACCGGAAGAGGAAACUGUUGCAUCGAUAGUGGAUUUAAAAUUCUAUAAUAUUGUCGUAGAAAUAUUAAUUGAAAACUAUAAUAGAAUUUUCAAUAGCGAACCGCCCGUCCCGGGUACAGCAAAUGCAAUUUCUGCAGUCGAAGACAAUGUAGAUGACGUCAUAAUGCGCCCUUCGUCGCAGCUGCAUGUUGAUUAUCCGACUGCUUCGAGAUUUAACUAUCAUCCAUAUACUGACGUCUCGGAGUAUACUAAUAAUGGAAAAAUUUACAGCGGCAGGAAUUCCCAGCAAGGAAUUACUUCGAACUGUUAUGACCAGAUCCCAGUAGGCGGGGCCAGCGGGAGCAUAACAUCAAGUUUAUAUAAUGUUCACGAGAGCGGUACAUCCCCUAACGGCAGAUCAUCUUUAUACAAAUCGCCGGAAAUGCCGAACGGUGGUAUUCCAAUGCACCAUCAUAAGGCCGCAUUACAGAGAUAUAAUAAUGCGUCACAAUCUGAAAGCAAUUUGCCAACACUUCAAAAUUACAGUCCGUCCAAUUUUAGAGCUUAUGGAAAAUUAGAGAAUAGUACGAGUAGUUCCAAUGAAUCUAUAUCAUCUAAUUCGCGUGACGGAGGUAAUUCGUAUUUAAAUCACGUAGCUCCGGAAAAAAGCAAUCGAAGCAAUAUCGGCAUGUCUUAUCCGAAAGUUUACAGACAUCAAAGAGCAGUGAAUUUAGAGUAUUUGCACCGAAAUUCUGCUUGCUCUUCUUCAAGUGGUAGAUCAAGUCCUACUAAACUCAGACGAGUACGUACACUAUAUGCUUGUUUGGGAGAAAAUGACGGAGAGCUAUCUUUUGAGCCUAAUCAAAUAAUCACCAACGUAAAAUCGUCGCAGGAACCUGGAUGGUUGGAAGGGACGUUGAAUGGUAAAACAGGUUUGAUACCUGAAAACUAUGUGGAAGUGCUACCCUGACAGGGUGGCUCCUUCUCAAAAUUAUCAAGUACACUGCGCCAAGGUUUCACCAAAGCCCUCCACUUUAAUAACCAUCACCACCAAUUAGGGUGAGCAAGUUUUGAUUUCCAAUAUGUAUAGGAUGUAAAAAAGAAGAAGAAGAAGAUAAUGAGAGCAUAUAUACCGAACCACUCAACCUAAUCUGUGAUUAUGUCGCCAAAAUGCGAAAAGUACAAAACUUGAUGGAUUAUAUAUAGAUUUUGGAAUUUAUUAUUGUGAGAGCAGUUCAAAUUGAUUAGUUUUGAGUGGUUUGAUAAUAAUAUGAACGAGUAAUUAGACUAAAUACGCAAAGAGUAACACCAGCUAAAAUUAAUAUUAUAUAUUUCACUGUAAAUAUUUAAAAUGGAAGAGACGUAAGAGAGUUUAUUUUAUU